AUGGUGCCCGUGUGUAGCAUCCUUUGCUGCUGCAUUCGUGGUGCAUUUGCAGCUGCUGCCUUGUGCUUCUUGGUGGUGUCCUGUCUGUGCUGUGAGCAGACCUUUCAGGCACAGGAGUUCGUCCAUUCGCCUCAGUGCUACGUGGUCAGGUGGAGGUUUAAGUCUGGCAAGAGCAAGUGUGGUGUAUUCUUUCACGCCCCUUUUUCUCUCUUCACCUUCAACCCAGUGUUCUGUGGUCAGCUGGAGGUUGGAAGCCUGUCAGGAGCAAGGAGCAAGCAUGCUGGAUUCUCUAUGACCCCUUUUCUCUCCUCACCUUCAUCAGCCCAGCUGGAGGUUAGAACCUGUGGGGAGCAAGCGUCAGCAACUCCAGUGUUCCUUUUUCUGUCCGUAUCACCAUCAGCCCAGCUGGAGGCUGAGCUCUGUAGGGGAGCAAGCAUGGUGAUUCUUUCUAAGACAUGUAUCUGUCCUUACCACCAGAUCUGCCCAGGUAGACUUGCACUCUACGCAUUUGCCGGUGUCCCUUUGCUGGUGGUGGUUCCCUCCCUGUGUCUUGUUGUGCUGCUCUCUUCAUGUGGACAGCUGGAGGCUGAAGCCUGUGGGAAGCAGGCGUGGCGAUCACUCUAUCUGGAGGAUUAA